AGUUUUUUGUUAUUUCCAUUUGUAUUCGUCUUUUCAUAUCAUUUUUUGUUGCCUUAAUUUAAAACUUCACAUAAAAUGCUCUCACAGUCAGUGAUAAUCAGACUGUUUUGUCUGAGUUUCAGUGCAAUUGCGGCCAACGCUCACCUGCCAUACGAACCGGUUCUCAUUGAGAGCCGACCGCCACCCCUACCCAUCUAUGGACCGCAGAUCCCGAUCGUCGCCGCUUCGGUCAAAUCGCCGCCAGUUGUGGCCGCAGUGAAGGCACCCCUUCCGCACGUUCACGUGCCGCUCCCACCCGUACAUCGCGCCCGAAUCGGUGUCAAAACUGUGUUCCGUCCGCCGCCACCCGCCCCUCAAGUCGUCCAACAGGUCGCCCAACCCUACGUCCAACCCGUCUCUUUCAACAUAGAGCAGCACGAAUUGGUGGGAGUACCCGAACCCUAUAACUUCAACUACGAACACAAGGACGACACCGGAAACGGUCAGUAUAGACGAGAAUCCGGUGAUACCAAUGGCGUUGUCCGCGGUUCGUACGGAUACACCGAUGCCUACGGUUUGUACAGAAUUGUCGAUUACGUGGCCGAUAAGGAUGGCUUCAGAGCGAGUAUCCGAACAAAUGAGCCUGGUCUGAAUGAGCCGCACCCCAUCUCUGGCACAGUGCCAAACCCCGCCGAUAUCACUUUGGCCGCUGAGGAGACUCCGGGCCGAGUGAAAGAUCUCAUUAGAUUGGCUCCGAUUAAGCAGUGGGACGGACAGGGAAGACAUAUCCGAGCGCCCGCUUCUAAUAGUGUCGACAAUAAAUAUGUGUCCAGAGAUUAGACACUCUUUUUAUAUAACUAUUAAUUAAAAUUAUUAUUUUUAUAUAAAUCAUAUGAUUGUUC